AUGUCAGCCUUUUUCAAAACAUCAACAGAGCAGGAUGGCAAGGCAGCAAGUGAGCGCGAUCCCUACGGCCGCGAUGUCCGCGCCCAACCGCACAGCGCCACGGCCCGCCUGCGUUUUGAGCUGAGUCCUGGCACGCAUUCAUUGCAGCAGCCCCUAGACUUCUCAGGACUAGGUCCUGUUGAGCUACACGGCCACAGCGCCGCUUCAACUGUCCUCAGUGCGGGAACGGAGCUCAACGCCAGUAACUUUGUAGAUCUUGGAAAUGGUAUUUUCGAGCUGCAUCUUCGCGCUGCUGGCCUGACCGAUUACGGCACGCUCAUCUCCGGUGGUCUCAAGGACUGCCAAAACAAUAAAACCGAGCUAUUCGUCAACAAUCAGCGCCUGUGGCUUGCGCGCUGGCCCAAUGUGGCUGCCAACGGCACCUGGCAAUGGGGGCGCAUCGCCAACGUUACCGACGCGCAAACCUUUGUGCCCGAAGCCUCGGCCCCCCUCACCGCGCUGGCCCAGGAUCCCGAUCUCUGGCUUCAUGGCUAUUGGGUCUACGACUGGUCCGAUGAAUUUGUUGCUGUUGCCAAUGUAAGCACCAGGAACGGCACCAUCGCCAUGACGACUAGCACGGCCACCCCUCAGGUGGGCGGCCGUUGGAUGGCCAUCAAUGCGCAAUCUCAGCUCGAUGCCCCUGGCGAAUACUACAUCGACCGAGCGAGCGGGCGGCUGACCGUCAUGUUUCCACCUGGAGUCCACCCAUCCAAUCAAGACUUUUCGGCGGUGCUUUCCACCCUACCUCAUGCCAUCUUCACCCCCAAUGCCACGGCAUUGCAUCUGCACGACCUCACGGUAGCCUAUGCACGCGGGUCCGGCAUUGUCCUGCCCGAUGCACGCGGAGCGCUGCUUGAGCGGCUUGUGGUUGCCAACCAUGGCGGUAACGGCACACAAGUGCAUGGUGUAAACAAUCAGGUCCGCAACAGCGACUUUUUUAAUCUCGCAUGCAUGGGCCUCAGCGUGACCGGCGGCAACCGCACCUCCCUCGUGCCCAGCAACAACGUUGUUGAUGGCAAUCACAUUCACGACUAUGCGCUUUGGAAGCGAACCUAUCAGGGUGGACUCUUUUGGGCUGGCGUCGGUAACAGCUAUCUUAACAACGUCAUUGAAAAUGGUCCUCAUAAUGGCAUCUUAGGUGGAGGCAAUGAAGCCGAUCAUCUGGGCGGGAACAAUUGCAUUUUUGUCAACAACACGCUGCGACACCUGGCCUUUGAAACGACGGAUACCGGCGCCUUUUAUUCAUGCGGCCAAGACGGACAAGCCUGGAUCAAUCGCGGCAACGUGAUUGCAAACUGCACGUUCAUCGACGUGCGCAUGCACGAACCCACGGCGCUGGGUUACUCCUCGGUGCAGGCAGGCAGGGAUUCAUCCCGUCGUGCCUACUGCCUGCCUCUGGAACUGCAUAGGCCAUCUAUCUCGACGAUCAGAUGA